CCCCAUUCACACGAGACACUUUCAAUCGCGAUUAGUGCCAAAUCGCGAUUCUAUCGAUGUAAAGCUUCUAGUGUGAACGCAGUAGAGACGCCAAAUCGCGAUUCAAAUUAAUCCUACUCGAGAGGUGGAUUCUAUCGAUGUAAACUUUAAUCGCGAUACAAAAAUGCGCAGUGAGAACGGGAUCGAUGUUAACACCGGAAGUUGAGGGCUUGAGGCGCGUGCGCAGUUUCUAUUGAAAGUGAAAGAAAACAGACUGUCCACGCGCUAUCAUGUUUCUUCGCAGUCAGCAAAAUGGCCAGGAGGACCUAUUGGUCAGAAGAAUCUGUGGCAGCAUUAUUAAAUAUUUGGGCGGAUGAGAGUAUUAAACGGAAGUUAGACGGCACUUCUAAAAAAAAGCCAGUCUACAGGGACAUCGCUAUGAAAAUUAAAGACGAAUGUGGUGAGGAGUUAACUGAUUUGGAGGUGAAGAACAAAAUAAGAAAUAUGACACGGGAGUACCGUAAAUUUAAGGAUCAGCACAACAGGUCAGGGGCAGGGAGGAAGCCACCCUUCAAAUAUGAAAAAGAAUUAGACAACAUCCUGGGUGACAAAGCCACCACAAGACCAGUGUUCACAAUGGACACCAGUAGAGCUGAAGAAGAUGAAGAUUUUGCUGAGUGCUCAUCUCAAGAUACAGAAGAGGAGAGUGAUGAGGAGGCACAGGCCUGUGGACAAGCUCUUAAGAGAACAAUUGAAGAAGAAGAAGAUGAUGAUGAUGAUGAUAUAAAUAAUACUCAAGAAAUAGUUGUGAAAAAAGCUCCAAAAUUAGCCAGGAAAUCUGGAAAAAAGAAAUCCAAGGCAGAUGUAUUUAAAAGUUUGAUUGAUGAUGCCGUAGAGUCCUUCUCAGCAAAAUCUGACAGUGCAAUGUCAGCACUAGUCAAGUUGGAACAGGAGCGCUUGACCAUGGAGAGGACAGCAGAAGCAAGACACCUCGAUGCCAUGAGGGCUGAAAGAGAGGCCCAGCGCAAGCAUGAACUGCAAAUGAUGCAGUUAAUGGCCCAGAUGAUGGGGGGCAUGGCCAGUGCUGGUGGAUUUCAAUCAGCAUCUACCUCUUCCUCACAAACAAAUGCCCCAGGAACCAGCUCAGCCAGAGCAAGAGCCAGAGAAGACCCUAAUUAUCAUUUUCUUUAUCCAUAUGAUGCAUCCAAUGAUAAAUAUUAUCAAGAUUUGUAAUGUGUAUCAUCAUAUGGAUAGUAAAUUUGCUGUUUGUUGCUGUGACUUGUACAGUUUUAAGUUGUAGCCUGCAAAUUGUGCAGGUGGAGUUUUAUUUAGCAGUGAAUGUGCUGUUUGUUGCUGUGACUUGUGCAGUUUUAAGUUGUAGCCUGCAAAUUGUGCAGGUGGAGUUUUAUUUAGCAGUGAAUGUGCUGUUUGUUGCUGUGACUUGUGCAGUUUUAAGUUGUAGCCUGCAAAUUGUGCAGGUGGAGUUUUAUUUAGCAGUGAAUAUGCUGUUAAAUGUUGUUUAAUUUUGAAUUCAUUGUUCUUUGCAUUUAAUAUGUUGCUUUUGAAAUGCAUAGUGUUAGUGCCUUUUUUGAUGGUUUAAUGCAACCUUGUAAGGUUUUUGAUUCUGGAAUGUAGCCAUUUGUGCCCUGUAAAUGAUUUUGGUGCUGUUUAGUUUCCAUAAUAAGAUGUGUGUAAAUAAAAUGUUAUA